AUGGAGGAGGCACAGCGCAAGGCGAAGGAUGUGCAACGCGGGGCGGCGGACGUACGGCGUGGGACGGAUGAGGCACAGCGUAAAGCUGAGGACGCACAGCACGGGGAGGACGCACAGCACGGGGCGGAUGAUGCACGGGCGCAGGUCGCAAGACAAGAAGAGAGCUUGCACCGCCUUGAAGAGACGCUGGCGCAGGUCCAGACGGACCUACAGACCACCAAGCAGCAUCUGGACGACCGGGAGCGGCAAUACACUGCACUCGAAGCCGCGUACCGCAAAACCACCCAUCUGCUCGAGAUGCGAACUGCAGAGCUCCAAGGCGCACAACGGUAUCUCACCAAGACGGAUGGGCUGUCCGACACGGAGGUCCUACGCGACGUCGAGCGCAUAAACGCGACUAUACUGCACGACGCCACGUCCAUCGCAGACUCGGUGUCAUUCGAGCGGUCGGCAGAUCGAGCGCUUCCAGCAGAUCCCACGGCCCUCACGCAGCUGCUCGGCGUACGGAUGGUUGAGCUCUUGCAGAAGGUCUCCCAUCAUGGCGAUCCGUUCUGCGUCCAGCUCGCACUGCAGGCAUGUAUGGCGGCGUUCGCGAAAGACGUCUUGCCGAUGUGGACGACGCAAUCGGAGAACGACGCCUUUCUCGACACAGUAUAUGCUGGCAUUUGGGAGCACGCUGCAUAUGAAGAGACUCAAGCGAUAGCCGGCCGGUGGCGCGCUCUCGCACGCUCGUACCUGCAUGGACAGCUUCGAGAACGAGGUGCUAUCGCGGAGCUGCAUCACUGGCUUGCCGCGCUUGUCGUGCAAAUACUCCGCCUGGCCGGGGCCGCUGGCACAGAACAGGAGGUUUCCCAUGUUGUCUCCGUGCGACAUACAGAGCGACUGCGCUCGUUCAUCGACAUAUGCAUCGAUGUCAACAAAUCAAUCGGGGAGGGUGUUCUAUCCGCCGACUUCAAGGUACUGUCAGUCGACUGCGGCUCCGGGUUCAACGAGGACAUCAUGAAGGACGAUUAUGGAAGUGCAGUAAGCAUGGGCACGGGAGAGGAGGUUCUUUGCAUGGUCGCGGUGGGUAUACAGCGGCUAGAUAAGCAAGAUGAUGGGCAGCGGAGGGCCAUAACGUUAUUGAAGCCUGGAGUAGCGCUUGAUAGCAUAACGAGCGAGCUCACAUGGGAGGAGGAUUCAUCCGAGAGGAAAGUGGAAGGUCGAUCACCAUCUUAG